UGAAGAAGAGUAUGCAAUUGAAUCAACCAUAGUUAUCUCACGGACUACUACUUCUAACGUGUCAAUGUAGUGAUGGUCCAUCCAAUGUUGAGUGCUACACUCAUGAAUUUGUAACAGCUGAAAGGCAAUAUGAUCUGAUGGAAGAAUUCUUCCCCAACCUUCAACAAUAUUGUACAAUAGACUGCCUACAGUACUGGGUUGGCCAAGCCAAUCUCUGUGGACCACGCAAAAGAAAGACAACAAAUGGUCAAACCAAAUACGGUCAAUAUUUGUCCAUCUAACCAUCUAUCUAUUCAAAGAAUUAUAAUUAAAAUGGAAGCCAAUACUAGUGCAUAUAGUCACGAUGACAGCUGUGCUUUGUCAAUCAACCUUCUUAAGAUGAAGGUCGAGCGGGAUGAAGGUCUCCUCCCAGAGAAGAAGAAUGAAAUCCUCAAGUCCUUGGACCAGUUGAUGUCUGUUUCGGUGGAAACUGCCAAAUUUGUCGUGGCCAACUUGCACGGUUUGUUUACUAAAACAAAUGAAGAAGCGGUUAGUGGUGAGCCAACUGUCUCUCAAGAAACAGAUGUCGGUAGCGUUGCUUCAGUAAAGAGACAUGCACGACCUGGUAGGCGAUCAGUAAAACGCGCAAAGACUGCAAGCCCUUCAAUGGUUGCCAAAUCUUAUAUGUCAAGUGGUUCACUCGCAGCUGUAGCAACUGCCAAACAUUCUGUAGCGGCUACAAAGGCUUUAAUAAUACAGCACUUGGAGCGAUUAUUGUCUGCUGAUGGCUUCAACCCGAGAGCAGUCCAGCUGCAUCAGCAACAGCAAGCAUUAUGUAGCCGCGAAACUUACUUGGCUGUAUGCAAAUUCAAAGAGCUGCGAAAUAUGUCUGUUGCAGAGGAAACACGCAAAAUGCAGCAUAACUGGGCCGCUUACCUUGUUGGCAAGAACAUGGAGAGCUACGUCGAUGGCUAUAAGCAGCGCAUUGCUGAUAGCAGCAGCUGUAAAAAAAGAGACGCAAUUAUUCGCAAGGAGGCAUACCGCGAAUGCUUUGCCUUUACUACGGAAGGAGGUGAGAGAGUUCUUUGUUGAAUCAACAGAUUCAAUUUCAGCAUAUUGGGACCGUCUGAAGAACGAGGCUGAUUCCAUGACUAUUGGUUACGCCAGAAAAUCUCCG